UGUACAAGUUUAUAAAUAGAAUAAAGCUAUCAGGGAGCGUGAAAUGAGGCGCUUGACCAUCGUGUUAUGUUUGAUAAAAAACUUUCUGCUUGAAUCAGAUCAUCCCAUGUCCUAGUCAUCUCCAAUGCUUCUGAUUGCGCGGCAACCAAAUUGAAGUAUCCAUCAGUUUUCAUCUUCUUCAUCUUUUCUCCCUGUCAUGGUGGUGGGGAUGGCCAUGAAUUCACCCCUCUCCUUGUCGUCGCCGGUGAGGAGGCCUCUCUCCUGCCGUCUCCUCUCAUCUCCUCUUUUGUGUCGACGAAUGGUGGGCAGUGGCAGAAGUGUCUCCUUUGCUCGCCAAAGUGCACCUUCUGGGUUGUUCGUUUCCGAUUUGGUCACCAGGAAUUGCCGAUUUAUGUCUCAGAAAUGUAAGUCGGGGAGGAUCGUCUGCGAGGCGCAAGCUACUGCAGUUACAGAGUCCACUUGGAAUGCUACGGUCCUUGAGAAUGAUCUUCCCGUUUUGGUUGAAUUCUGGGCACCUUGGUGUGGUCCUUGCCGGAUGAUUCAACCAAUUAUUGAUGAAGUGGCAAAGCAGUAUGUUGGGAAACUCAAAUGUUUUAAGCUCAAUACCGAUGACAGUCCUCAAAUUGCAACUGAUUAUGGUGUUCGGAGCAUCCCCACUGUUUUAUUGUUCAGAAAUGGAGAGAAGAAAGAAUCGGUCAUCGGAGCUGUUCCCAAAUCAGUUCUCGUGAAAAUAAUUGACAAGUACUUGAGUUCCUAGGAAAACAUGUUCUUGAUUUUUGAAACUGUUCCUGUCCAACUAUCUUUGAAUAAUGUUGAACUCUGUGGUCUUUUAAGAAUAGAGAAUUUUGUUUAAUUCUUUUCACUCAA